AUGGCCUUUUUCGCUUUCAGCCCCUUGAAAGUAAAUUUAUCUAGAGAGUGGCAGUUGUCUACAGUGACCAUGUCAAUUGAAUCUUCCCUGAUUCCGGUUACCCGUCUUACUGUUACACGAGAAAUGUUUAUGCUACUUGGUAUGGCGUUCAACAAGAAUGCCGUUUCGCCGGGGCGGCGUGGUUCCUCAUUUCCGGAAGAUAUUGAGGUGGCCGACCAACGGUAG